GCAAUGAACUUGGAACAUUAUUUGCGUAAGAUAACACUGACACUAAUGCACACAAGAAUAAUUCCUGACAAUUAGAUAAUUGUUCGGUACUUGCAUGAAAGACGCAUUCAAAUAAUAUUGUACGUCAGUUUGACUAAUUUAACAGCAAGUUGUUUCCCAGAAGUUGAUGAGAGAUAUAUUGAUUAUAAUAUAGUUAAUGUUUUGUAUGAUAACGAUGCAGUGGCAAAAUUAAAUAUUCACGUAUUUUGACUUACUUUACACGCUUAAGUGGAUGACGCAGUUUUGACUAUCCAUGAAGUGAAUGUUAAAAAGGCAAGUUCGGACAGAAUAAAUAUGGUGGAAAGACAUAAUGUUAUGGAGAAAGUCCCAGAGAAUAAUUUCAAAGUGUCAUCAUGGGGCUACCGCCACCAGCAGUGUUUCAUACUAUUCUGCACGCUAACCAUAGCUUACAGCAUGAGGUCUUGCAUGGGGGUGUCUCUGGUAGCCAUGACGAAGUAUGGUGAACCGGAGACAAAUAUAACAGCCUUGAAUACUACAGAGCAAGAUAAUCAGUUCAAACCUGAAGGAAUAUUGAAUGCAUUGAUGCUAAUACCACCAUACCCAACAUUCAAUUGGAACAAAAAGACGCAAGACGCGGUGAUAGCAUCAUUCUUCUGGGGGUACAUGCUGCUGCAGAUCCCUGGAGGUCAACUGGCUCACAGGUUUGGAGCGAGGUACCUCCUGACUGGUGCCAUGACUAUCAACUGCGUGGUCUCCAUACUGCUACCGUUGGCUGCUUAUUAUGGUGGGUGGAUUUGCACGGCAAUGUGCCGGGUAUUGCAAGGUCUUAGUCAGGCUUGCAUAGUUCCUGGACUUCAUACUUCUCUUGGCAAAUGGGCACCUCUACAGGAGAGAGGACGAAUGGCUGCGUUUGUUUAUGGAGGGCAAGCUCUAGGAACAGUUUUCGGUCUACCAAUGACAGGCUUCAUAUCCUCUUCAUCAUUAGGCUGGCCUGGCAUAUUCAGGUUCUACGGUAUACUAUCAGGGAUUAUAGCGGUCAUUUUAUUCUGGCUAGCGGCUGAUACUCCAGCUAAGCAUCCAAAAAUAUCUGAAGGGGAAAGGAAAUAUGUGGAAGAUGAACUUGGGACUGGCGACGAGGCCAAGAAAAUGCCAGUCCCUUGGUCAAAGAUCUUCCGUCAUAAAGGAGUUUACGCUAUCAUAAUAGCUCACUUUGGACAGACAUGGGGACAGCUCACGUUAUACUCUGAAGUCCCCGCUUAUCUAGAUAAAAUUAUGGGAGUCAAUAUAAAAGCGAAUGGUCUUCUGACUGCACUGCCGUUCCUGGUGAUGUGGUUCACCAACUUCUUCUUCAGCUGGAUGACAGACAUGCUGAUUGUAAAGAAUAUUCUUAGUCCCACAAACACUAGGAAAUUCGCAAAUUCUCUAGGAAAUAUACCAGCAGCUAUCGGACUAAUAGCUUUAGCUUUUGCACCUAAAAAUAUUUACAUAGUGGAAUCUAUACUGGUAUUUACGUGCGCUUUCAAAAUAUCAGCUCACCUUGGAUUUCAGAUCAACCACAUUGACAUUUCCCCAAACUUCGCGGGUACAAUGAUCAGUAUCAGCAAUUUUAUGUCCAACAUCGGAUCAUCGAUAGCUCCUCUCAUUAUUGGCUGUAUACUUACUGAUGUGAAUGACGUCUACCUAUGGAGGCAGGUGUUCUUCAUGGCAGCUGGUCUGUACUUCGUGACUAACUUGAUCUACGUGAUCUUCGGAACUGCUGAGAAAGCAGACUGGAACGAUCCACCUCCUGAGGAUAAUGUGGAUGAAGAGGGACAACCGAUGAUGGAGAAACCUAAAUUAUAAGCUGUUCUGUUUUUAGAAUAUAGUGAAGAAUUAUUUUACUGUAGUUAAUAAAUAGUAAUGUAAAUGUGUUUGAAUGUUGACGUGUCAAAGUCCACGAUUGAAAGAAAAUAGGUACACAGAUAUAUACUUUACUAAUUACACCAAAAGAGCCAGAUCUAUAUCUAAAAUAAUGUUUGAAAUUUUCAUUAAAUUAAUUGAAAACAACAACAACAUUUAACAAACUCAUCAUGUAUUGUAUUUCGCAAAGCGAAUACAAAUAAAUGAUUUUUUUCUAGCAUCAGAAAGAAAAGCGUCAGAGAUGUUGAACUUAAAUGGAAACGUCACAGCACUUGAGAGGCGUGAUUAACGAACGUCCCCACUUGCAUCUGAAUGGGUUAGCAUCCACGUUUCACUUCCAGCGUUAAUGUUCCGUGAUGCAGACUUUUAGUGCAUUCGUUUUAUGAUUUUGAAAUGUUGUAGAAUGACUAAUGUGGGUUUCUGAGCAGUUGCGAAAUUAUUGAGAGAAUAAUAUUUAAGAAUGGGAGGAUGAAGAACAGUUUUGUCUAUGAUGUUAUGGUUUAAAAUAAAAACGAAAACAUUCAUUGUUUUAUUGAAAAAAAAAACAGAAAACUAAUCUUCGUUCUAUUUAAAGCAAUAUUUUAAAUUAAGUAAAACUGAAGUAAUUUGCAAGUAUUUUAAUAAGCUCUCUCGAUAUCAUCUCGAGUUAUCAAACGCAUCUUUAAUUUCAAUUCUGAAGAUCAAAAAAGUUUUAAGAACUUCUUUAUCUAAUUCAUCGCAAUUGACAAAGACUUUAAAACAGCGACAAUCACAAAAUGUUAACAAGAAAACUUUUGUGUAUCACAAACGUUUAAUUUUCGAGAAUUUUUAAUAGCCAGUGCAAAUGUACGGACCCGGAAUAGGAGAGAUCAGUGAAAACAGCGAUUAAUUUCCUUCGGCAGAAGAAUUUCAUUAUGUCCAAAGGAUCUAUGUUUCAAAGGGCAAGUGAAAUUACCGAAGGUUGUUUUUUUGCCAAAAAGUUCUUUUUAAAGCGAUUUUUUUUUACAUUGUUGUACAGUUUUUACUUCCGUGUCAAUUUGCAUGAAACUCUGUGAUUUAUAGUCCCCCCUGUUGGUCCGAGCCAUGAUUUUGGAACUCGAACAGGGUUUGACUCAGUCAUAACUCACGGCUUUUAAUUGGAGGGAGUCACAAAACUUUAUUGUUCUUAAAUCGAAAAAGUUUUUCUGCACUUUGUUGGAGUUUUUGUUCAAGUUUCGCCGAAUUUAUCUUGGGUUGAACAUGGCUGUGCCAAUUCAAAUUCAAAUUCAAAUUCAAAUUCAAAUCUUUAUUUGCAUUCCAUAUGUAAUACAGGUGGUAUUUUUAUAAAGUUUAAACAAUAUAUUUGAAACAAUAUGGACCCGGUAGGGCACAGCAUAAAGAGGUAGGAGAGGUUUGCAGUACUUAUAAUUAUUACCUAGUUUAGUUUUAUUAAAUCUAUACUUAUUACUAAAUAAAAAUAAAACUGAAAUAUAUUUACAUGUUAUAUUCUUAUCUUGUGUGUGUGUGUGUGUGUGUGUUUGUUGUGUAUGUGUGUGUGCGUGAGAGUCUGUAUGUACUUACUUAUUAUUUUUUUAUUGACUUAUCGUCC